CAAAUCAUCAGCAGGCGGCAGAGGCGCAUGUACUGCGUAUGUGCGGAUUGCAUAUGUAAUUAAGAUUGAGUCUCGACCCAUCGCUGCCGCUUGUGUUCCCAUUAGGGGACCGUGGAUUCCCUUACCGAAGCGAUCUUUGGGUUAAGUGACCUCCUCACCCGCCCAGGGGCCACGUCGAGCGCGCAAACCCCACACGUGUGUGUGGGAGGGCCCGAUGGGCACGUAGCAUAUGUGUAUGUAUAUCGCACGCGGCACCCCACAUUGACUUUCAGAUCCUUGAACCCGUCGUCUGCUCAGGCGUCCCUCUUCACGACCUUGAUGCCGUUCUUGCUUCAACAUGGGACCGUUUGGCAACCUUGGGGAGAGCCUCCGGUCUUUCACCCCACAGGAGCGCCGCAACAUUGCCCUGUACAUCGCGGGGAUUAUGGUGUACAAGUUCGGUCUUGAAGCGUUCAACGGCUCGGUCAUAGCACUUGCCACCAACAGAUACGAUCACGAAGCAGCCAUCAACGGAACGCCUAGCCGAACUUUUGAGCGAGUCGGUCUGCUCACUGGGCUAAAUCAGGCCUGUCAAUGUAUCGGUUCCAUUCUAAUUGGACCCUUGGUGAAAAGAUAUCCUACUAAGAAUGUGCUCGCCUGUGCCAUCGUUAUCUUUGGAGCCUGCUCGGCUCUCUUACUCAUUAUCGACGCGGCGACCGGAGGUACCUUCAUGCCUGCAGCUUCUCGCACCAACCACCGCGACCAUGGCCACUACGGAAAGUACAACACAGACAUCAUGAUACCGGUGUACUGCGCGUGCGGCAUAGUGUACGGCAUGGUGGAGCUCAUCCGCCGGGUCAUCCCGCGCGAUAUUGUUGGGGGACACAUCCAGAAGCUGAAGAGGCUGGAUUCCAUGGUUCAUAUAUUCUACGAGGUAUCCGGCACGGCCGGGGCAUUCACGACAGGGCUGGUCAUCAUCCCCCAGCUCGGCAACAACAUGGCCUUUAUCGUCACGCCUGCCUGCUUCCUCAUCAGCGCCGUUGCCUGGGUUUUCAUCAGCGAUCUGGGCUUCCGCCGCCGGACCGCACACCUGCAAGCAAUCGAAAGGCCGUCCUACUUCAAGGCCGCUCUCAGCGGCCUCUACCUCUUUGUCGAGUCGAUCUGGGUCGGCGCCAGGAUCCUCUUCACCUCGCGCAAGUUCAUCUGGCUCGUGCCGGGCUACUCGGUCGCGCUCUACGCCCACCGGUUCCUGGAAAACAACGUGGCCCCGCAGAUAGCCCAGCGAUACAUGGGCAACUCGGCCUGGGCGCAGAUCAUCGUCGGCGGCUCCAACCUGGGCGAGCUGAUCGGCGCGUUCUCGGUCUUCCUCUUCACCAACGCCGUGCAAACGCCCAUGCCCUGGCUGCGCCUGGACGCGCUGAUGCUGCUGAUCGUCUGGUACAUACCGUUCUGGCGGCCCCCGCCGGGCCGCGUCGGCCAGGCGUGGAUCGCCGCCGCCACGUUCGCGCCCAUCUCGUACGGCUGGGCCUCGGGCGACGUGUCGCUCGCCGCCUACAUCCAGGCGUCCCUGGCCCGCAUCGAGUCGCAGAACAAGAACGUGUCGGCCCUCGGCGCCGUCAUGGCGUUCCUCUACUCCUUCUACAUCACCACCUACGCCGUCGCGGGAACCCUCCUGGGGAGAUACCUCGACGGCGUGUACAACAGAACGGGCGGCACCGACGGGGGCGGCGAGGUCCGCACCGGCCUGCUCUUCACUGCGGGCGUGCAGAUGACGGUCAUCUCGGCACUCGUGUUGGCGUCCACGUUUGUGCCCAAGGGCUCGUUCGCGUUCAACCCCAAGAUGAUCUCGGACGAGACGCUCGAAGACGAGCACAUCGAGGUCGAGGAGCAGCGGCCGGGCCCGGGCCCGGCCGAGGAGUACAAUCUAAAAGACGGAUUCAAGAAUGCGGGGAGUUAUUGCAGUAGCGAGGAUGGAUCCGAGUCGAGGGUGGUCAAGAAGAUCAGCGAGAUAUUGUAGCGGCUGUAUAUCUUGGUAGUUGGGUGGUUCUUCCUGAGUAAAGCGUGUAUGUAUGCACAUAUCAUUAGUUGAUGAUAGAGCACCCCAACCGAUGAUGAGUACUUGUCGUGCGGCGUGAUAUCGUGGGAGCGUCU